AUGCCUUUCCAUAGCUACUGCAAUAAUAUUGCCAAUGGCACGAUUCUGCCGAUCUCUGCUUGCAACCAGUACUUUGCGCGCUGCAACGCUCAAAUAAUGGUUCUUUCUCGUUGCGCUGGCAACAGAGUGUUUGUCCCAAACAAGGGCUGUGUAGAAGCGACUUCGGUGUCGCUCUGCAGGUCUACGGUUUUCCGGCCUUCGACUGAGGAAGGCUCAGGACUGAUCGCUGUGCAAAGAGUGAUCGAGUCAGAUCAGUUUUGUUCUGACAUACCGAAUGGAAUCUAUAUGCCAAGAGCAUCACGUUGUCCUCAACACAUCGUGAUGUGUGUUGCUAAUCGGGGUAGAGUUGUUGUCUGCCCCCCUAACCAUUAUUUCGAUGAACAAAGUCGAUACUGCAAGAGUUUCUCUGCGAAUAUGGCCUGCCAAAAAGACGCGAACGUCGGCCAGAACAAUCUACUGCUAUCAUUAGCUGAUUACUCCUGUCAGCGCACUGAUAGCGCAGCGGGUUUAUCACGAAAGUGUAGCCAGUGGUACAUCGAAUGCUCCUCAUCAUCAAGAAGCAUUCAUUUCUGUCAAAAAGGCAAUGCAUAUGACGCAGUACAGAAACGUUGUGUCCCAUCGAGCUCAUGCGGUGUCAGCACGCAAUCAAGCCGUCUUUCGGCCAUCUGCCAAAAUCGGAAACAAUCCAUGAUAGCUGUGUUACCUUGCUCUCAGUUGUACGCAGUGUGUCUAAAUGGUCAGGCUUAUCCUCAGACGUGCGUGGAAAAAGAUGUUUUUUCCGAAAAACAGCAAAGCUGUAUAAGCUUCAAGGACCACUCGCUAUGCAAUGGUUCAGUUCGAAGCGCUUCGGCACGAUUACAAGUGUGCCUGCAAUUGGGGAACGUGAAAUUCGCAUUUGGAGCAUGUUCCCGAGCAUACAUACAGUGUGAUAAAGGUAUCGCAUCUUAUAACUUAUGCCCAGAGAAUACGAUCUUCGUCGACUCUCUCAACUCCUGUUCCAAUGCCCAGUUUCACAGCACCUGUCAUUUAGACGUCGACGUUGUCACUUAUAAAAGACAGAAACGUUUCAACAACCCAUGUUUCGGUCAGCCCAACGGACUGUACGCGGUCACAGCGUGCUCCCCGAAUUAUCUAGUUUGCCUGUAUCAACGACCAUCAUGGCACACUUGCGAAAAAGGAAAAACUUUCUCGAAAGAACUACAGAGCUGUGUGGACGCGUCGCAAAACCGCUGGUGUGCGUCAAUGCCAACAACUCCUCCCACACCCGUUAGCCAUUGGCCAGAUCCAUGCACCGGCAGAGCAGAUGGCUUCUUUAUGAAACUGACUUGCUCUAGGUACUGGAUAUCGUGCAAGAAGUACAAACUGGUCGUCAAUUCGUGUGGCAACUCGCUAGUAUACGACGUGGUGAAGAAACGGUGCGUCAAGCAGACUGUGCAACAGGUGACUUGCACCACACCAGCCUCGGACUUUACCUCGAACCCGUGUCUGAGAGAACGCAACCGACUGGUCGGCAUCGGGGCAUGCGAGAGACUCUACUACGCGUGUUUCAAUUCGGCCACCUACUGGCAGGUCUGUCCGGAGCACGAGGUGUUCGAUCUGCGAAAAGAAAUGUGCGUGCCUCGCAAGACAGUCGUUCAGUGCAAUGAGCCGGCGCCGUGUCCGACGCCAGCCGCCGUUCGUUGCACGGUGCAUGGUGAGUUCCUCCCGGACAGACAUGACCGUACCAAGUUCUACCGAUGCGCAUACGGCAAGGCGGUGCAGAUGAAGUGUCCGCCGGCUACAGUGUUCAAUCCAGCUAUCAACGUGUGCGACUGGCCGUCGAAUGUAUUCUAA